AUGGCAGCCCGGACCAUAAAGCUCAAGCCCGUGCAAGGGGACAUCGUACGGCCUCAAACACCAAAAACCGCAGGACCAUUACAGCCACUGGAGAAAGGGCCAACGUCCGCUCGACAGCCGCACCAAACAGCCAUGCAAGAAGGAACAUCCAAAGACAGAAGUGAGGACCGCCAGACCGACCAACCGCCCAGGCCACAACCCACGCAGCCACCUCACAGCCCUGCCUCAUACCGGCCGAUCUCCCUCACGUCUAUACCGGGCAAGACGAUGGUGGCGAUGGCUCUGUCCCGGCUCCAGUGGAUUGCGGAUGCCCGCGGUGCUCUACCUCCCGAGCAGUGCGGCUUCCGCGCUCGCCGCUCCACGGCGGAUUGCAUCGCUAUCGUCGCCGGCACCCUCGAGCAGGCCAGGCUCGACAGGGAGACUGCCUUCUUGCUGCUCCUCGAUGUCCAGAGCGCAUUCGACUGCCUCCCUCACGACACCAUCCUCUCGGCCGUGCGGGCGCUCGGUGUGGAGGGCAGGCUCCUUGCUUACAUCGAGGCCUUCCUCGCCGGGAGAACAUCAGCUGUCCGAGUCGGCGGCACGGUCGGCUCGCCCCGUCCUGUGAGCUGCGUUGUGCCUCAGGGAAGCGUGUUGAGCCCGUUUUUGUUCAACCUUGCCCUCGCGCCCAUCAUCGAGUGCAUCCCCAAAACGGGCCGCUUCCCUGUGCGUGCUGUGCUCUACGCAGACGACAUCGCGCUUCUCGUGCACUGGCCGACCUCUGCGACGGGGGAGAUGCGCUUCCGGCUUCAGGAGGCGCUGGACGGCGUCGCGAACUUCCUGCGCGCCAUCGGCUUGCGGCUGUCGUCGACGAAAUCCGAGGCUAUUCUGAUCCGCCCCUGUGGUGUUCGCCGCCGCACCGGCUGCGUGCUCGUCGAUGGAGUGCCCCUGCCCUGGCGCCUGACAGUGCGGUACCUGGGGCUCACGAUAGACAACCGCCUCACGUGGUUCGCUGGUGUGCGCCGGCUGCGCGCUGAGAUGCGCCGAGUGGAGAGUGCGGUGCGCGGCCUUCUCGCCCGUGGCGACGGCUGCCCUGCCUCGUUCGCGGCGGCGCUCUACUCUGCGGUGGCACUGCCGAAAGUGUUGUACGCGCUAUCACUGUGUCGUGUCAGUGCCCGGCUGUGGAAGCUCAUCGACAGCGACCACCGCCGAGUGCUUCGCAUGUGCCACGGCCUCCCUCGCUCAUCGCGGGUUGCGGAAACGCUUGCGGAAACUGGCGCGUGGCCCGUCUCUUUGACGGCUGACCUGCGUGCCCUCGGUCCCCUCGAGCGCCUCUCCUGUGCCCCGGACGCAGGACCCAUCCUGUCCCUCAUCCGUUGCCUGCCCCAGUCACGAGUGGGAACAGUGUGCGAACUGUUUGACAGCCUGGUGGUCGACCCUCCGCCCGUACCGCCUACCUGGCCACCGCCACACCAGCGCACGCCACUUCAAGUGUGUCUCGACCUCCCGGGCGUUCGCUCCAAACAUCGCACGCCUCUCUGCGCUGUACAGCAGGAGGCUGCUGCCAGGAUCGAGGACGACCUGGGAGGAAUGAUGCACUUGUAUGCCGAUGGCUCCGUCCUCAGCGACGGCUCGGCGGCUGCCGCCUGUGUUGCUCCCGCACUUGGCAUCACGAAGCAGUGCCGGCUCUACUACCGGGCUUCCUCUACCACGGCGGAGCUAGCGGGACUUCACCUCGCUGCGGACAUCCUCGAGGAGUCGCCGCACAUCACCAGCGCGGCGAUUCUCUGCGACUCGAGGUCCGCGCUGCAGCAGCUGCUACUCGACGAGCGCGCGCCGCCCCUUGCACAGCGCGUUGCCGUCCGUCUGCACGCACUGCAGGGGCGAUGCAACCUACGCCUGCAGUGGAUCCCCUCGCACGUCGGAGUCGCGGGCAACGAGACGGCGGACCGGCUGGCCAGGCGCGCACACGACCCGUCGACCGCGCUGACAGACCGGGUGAGCUCGCUGGACACAGCGCGACUUCACUUCAGACGGGAGCUCGCGCUCCGCCAUCCCGACGACCGAGUUGCGCAGGGGCGCCCACUGCGUCAUCUCCCGCAGACCGGAUUCACUAGGCGCGAGCGCGCCUUCCUCCUCGCCCUUCGGACCGGUUCUGUGUGGCCCGCCGAGCGGCGGCAUCGACUGCGUGGAGCCCCCUCUCCCCUUUGCGGCGACUGCGGCGCGAUCGAGACACUCCAGCUAAAACCCCUUGAUGUUUGA